AUGGCUACAAAAACCAUUAAACCUAAUGGAGGUUCAAACUGUGCUGUAGCUACUUGUAUUUAUAAUGCUAGCAAAGCAAAAAGAGAUGGUAAACAAAUAUCAUUCCAUAGGUUUCAUAAAAAUAUAGAAAUUCGAAAACAGUGGACACUGAAAUGUAAGAGAAAGGAUAAUUGGAAUCUUAAUACAUCUUACAUUUGUUCUAAUCAUUUCUGUGAAAGUAAUUUUGUGCAUGAUUUAAAAGCAGAACUUAUGGGUAAUUAUUGUUUUGUAUUUUAUUUAGUUAUAAUUAAAUGUCAAAGUUAUAUUCUGUAA